AUGGCGCUCAAGUGGCAGGGCGACGCUCCGGUCGCGGCUUUCGUCGUGGUGUCGGUGUGCACUUUCAUGGCCAUCUCCAUGACGCCUCCGCUGCUCUACGUGAUCAUGAUCACCUGCAACGCGGCCCUCUCGGUCGCCUUCUGGUUCCUCGUCAGGCGGGCCCUCAGCGCCGUCCGGGACCUGCCCGUGGACGCCAAGGCCGUCUUCGUCACCGGUCGUCUGUCGAUCCCCGGGAUGGCGGUGCCGUCGGCCGCCUCGGCCGCCCUGUGCCAGUACGCCGACGGGCUCCGCCGCGAGAUGGUCAAGUUCGGGGUACAGGUGUGCACCGUCGAACCGGCCUUCUACAGGACGGGGACAACGGACCGAGACGCCGUGUCGACCGCCCUGGACUCCCUGACCAAGCGGAUGGACCCCUCUGUGCGCGAAGCCUACGGCGAGUCCUACCUGGAAACCUUCCGGUCCAGCUUCCCCAAGAGGCUGUGGAGGUUCUCGCGCGGCGACCUGGACGAAGUCAGCGACGCCGUGCUCGGAGCCCUGCUCAGCCCGGAGGCCAACGUGCGCUACCGUUGCUGCAGCUGGCGACAGGUCUUCACGUGGGCCGUACUCGAGCUGCUGCCCCGCCGCAUCGGCGACUACUUCAUGCUAGUGCAGUUCACGCCUAGGUACCGGGUGAUGGCCGCUGCCCCGAGGUCGCCGCCAGACCUGACGUCGGUCGAGCAGAGCCACGUGGACGUGCUCAGGGACCUCUACGGGUCACCGCCGCGCAGCCCCUUCGGGAGCGGAUCGCCCCCGGCACAGGUCGACGCCUCCCAAACAACGAGGCCAUAA